AUGAUCCUCAAUCAGACAAUCCUUUGCAGGGCAGCUGUGCUGUCUUCAACUGCGCGCCGAGCCUUUUCGACUACCACAAUAGCCUUCGAAAACAAACCUCAAUUCAAACGUGAAGGCCCUACUGCUCUUAAGGGUGAUAAGCACAAAUUUGAUGAUGGUCGUGACGACCCUCACUAUCCAGGCGUACAGCAAAAGCUGAAAGCUUUCAACGAUCCAUACCCAAACCGUCCCAACGCUGAUCGACCGAGCCCGGAACCCGAGUCACCCAAGGGUCACGAGGGUGCCUUUGCCGAUCAUCGUGGCAGAGGCAGCCGCUCGUAUGGAGAGCGUGUCACCGGCUCGGAAGAAGCUGCCGAGACUCGAACCUUGGACCGUGUCGGUCAGUUGGCUAAAAAUGCAACCAAGUCCAUUUUCAGUUCGUCUGACAAACGCUCCUUCUCCACCACGAGUUGCAUCUUUGCCGAGAAGCCAACACGAUUCAGCAGCACCACUCCAGCAACUCCUUCCAAGGGCAAUAACAACGAGCGCCCACGCUACACCACUGCGGAUGCACCUGUCGACUCUCGCCCUCCUUCCGAGAUGCCCAAGCCAUCCGAAAAUGCCAUCCCCUCCUCGACGACACCCAACGCCAGCACCAAGGCAGCCGAACCGCAUCCCAACGUACACACCAUGGCCGAUGGAGCCGAUCGGCCAGGAGGAGGCGUCGAUGCUAUUCAUCCUGAGACUCGAACGCAGAACUCUUGGGGCGCAAAUGCAAGAUCCGCCCAAUUCAACCCGGAGGAGGGCAAAAGGCAGCCCUUGCGACACGGUGGCAGCAACCAAGGCGGUUUCAAGGGCCAGCCUGAUGGCAAGUCGCGCACGUAA